AUGCAAAUAGUUUCCACCGAGUUCCAUCGGAAUACAAGCUUCUUCUUCUUCUUCUUCUUCUUCUUCUUCUUCUUCUUCUUCUUCUUCUCUUUCGCUUCCUCAUUCCUCAUUCUGUUCAUACCCAUCUAUCUAUCUAUCUAUCUAUCUAUCUAUCUAUCUAUCUAUGUUUAUAAUUCCCAUGCGGCUAGACUCUUUUCUGAGCUGCUGUUUUUCUUUUUCUUCUACUUUUCUUCUUUUUUUCUUCUUCUUUAUUUUUUUUCCAUUUUUUCUUUUCUUCUUUUUCUUUCUUUCUUCUCCUUUUCUUCUUCUGUUAGUUCUUCUUUUCUUCUUCUUUUUCAUCUUUAUCACUUCUUUUCUUCUUUUUUCUUCUUCUUUACUUCUUUUUCUUCCUUUUUUCUUUUCUUCUAUUUCUUCUUCUUUCCUCUUCUUUUUCUUUCUUCUUCUCCUUUUCUUCUUCUGUUAGUUCUUCUUUUCUUCUUCUUUCUCAUCUUUAUCUCUUCUUUUCUUCUUUUUUCUUCUUCUUUACUUCUUUUUCUUCCAUUUUUCUUUUCUUCUUCUUUUUUCUUUUUUCAUUUCCUUCUUCUUUUCUUCUUUUUCUUAUUUUUCUUUACUUCUUUUUCUUAUUAUUAUCUUUUUGUUCUUUUUCAUUUCUUGUUCUUUUUUCUUCUUUUUCUUCUAUCUCUUCUUCUUCUUCUUCUUCUUCUUCUUCUUCUUCUUCUUCUUCUUCUUCUUCUUCUUCUUCUUCUAACCGAUACUGGUUCAUAA